UCUUCGCACUUUGUCACUUUAUUACUUCAUCUCUUUUGCUUCCGAGAGAAAGAACCACAGAUCUCUCCCGUGCCUUAUCUCCAUUUCUCUCUUCUUCAGAUUCCCAAUCUCAAAUCGCCUUAGAAAAUUUCCUGCAAAAGAGAAGAAACACACACACCAUCACAUCAAUUCAUCAUCGAAGAGGAGGAUCGUACACGGACUAUGUAAGAUUAGAUCUAUGAUGGUUGGGUAAAAGAGAAAAAAAGAAUGGAUCAGAUGCAGAGAAGAGAACCGAGAAGGGUGUGGUUAGGUUUACAAAACACAAUAGUUCUCCUCGUGGGUGGAAACCAUACCUCCUCCAGGUUUUGCUCUCGCUAAAUCUCCCUUCCUUCCUCCUUAAUUGAAUCUCUCUCUCUCUCUCUCUCUUCCGAGUAAAAAAAAAAACAAAGAUCCGAUCUUGUUUUAACUGUUGGAUUCCUCUUCCUCGCCAAUGGGCCUUCAGCUCCUGAAGCUGAAACUAACCCCCACCACAACUUCUCUCCGUCGGCGCGUGAUCCUACGCGCCCUCGUGAUCCUCUGCGCUUUCUCCGUCGUAUCAAUCCUUCGAAACCUCAACGGAGCUUACCAAGAAGAACAGACUCACCACCACCGUAAGGUCGAUGACUGCGCCGUGAACUUCGCCUUCCUCGGCCCGUUCCUCUUCUCCGGCAACAACGGCCUCCUCUCCUCCAACACCUUCCUCAAACCCGUCUGGAACUUCAUAGAGUCGGAGAAAUGCAAGAAAAACAUCGACUUGGCCACCCAAGUCGUCGCCGAGCUUAAAGGUCUAAACUUGCUGAGCAACGACGCGAAAGCUCUCUGUAUCGGCAUGAGAUCGGUCUCGGCUCUUCUCGCCAUGAACUCGCAAGGGAUCUCCGACGCUCGCGUGAGCCACCACGCGCCACCUGUCUUCGCUUUCAAGCACAGGAAGUUCGCUAGUGGGUACUUACAGUACGACGACGCUUCCUUCGGUUUCGUCUUGUCUACCGAUCUCGAGACGGUUUCUGUUGUUUAUGAGAUCGAGCGUGUGCUUAAGCCCGGUGGGACCGGAGCCAUGCUUGUUGGGUCCGACUCUAACGGGUUGGUUAGAUCCGUCUCUCCUGUUUCUUCCCUGCUGAAGAACUCGAGUGUUGUCCACGUUGGUUCCUUAGGUGAAGAGGUUUUGGUUGUGUUCAGGAGAAACGGUGAAGAUAGUUACCGUUUUGAUCAAACUCUUCCGGGUGAUUGCUCCUCUGUGCUUAAUAGCAAACCCUACGUUGGGUUGUUGGAGCCUCUUCUCGAGGAGAAACGUUCGGAUUUCGAGAGAAGGAUCCAUUACUUGCCUGAGUUUAUUGAUCUCUCUUCCAGGAAGAGGCUGGUGUACAUUGAUAUCGGAGCGGCGGAUCAUCUGACAACACCGAGAUCGAAUUGGUUCUUCCCGUCGUAUCCUAUCGACAAGAAAGCUUUUAACAGCUAUUUUGUGCAUCACAACACAUCUAUCUUGACUUCUUAUGUCAAAAGUCCUGGUGUUACCUUCAUCUACCAUCCGGGACUGGCGGGAACAGUAGCUAGUCCGAGAGAGCAUGAAGAAGAAGAACCUUUUGUAGAAGAUGACAGCUUUGAUUUUCUGGCAUGGUUCAAGGAGACAGCAAGCUUCGCUGAUUUUGUGGUUCUGAAGAUGAACACAGGCGAAGCCGAGCUGAAGUUUCUGUCGGAGCUGAUAAAGACUGGUGAGAUCUGCUCAGUUGAUGAACUGUUUCUUCACUGCACAGGGUAUGGAGACUGCACUAGUAUCAUAAAGAGCCUCAGAAACAGUGGCGUCUUUGUUCAUCAGUGGUGGGAAGACGAAGAGCUCAGCAGCUAAAUGAAAGCUUUAAAACUAAAAAGUAUGUUGUUUGAUAAGUUAUGUUGUUGUUUUUCUAUGUUUGUUACAAUCUUUGCUCAUGUAUAGAGCAAAGCCACAGAAGUUAGCCCCAGCGACCCGGCGCUUCUAUGGUUCUACCUAAAAUAAGCAGUCGCCAUUAUGAACUAUCUGUAUGUCUGUUUUUCAAUGAAGUUGCUAUGUUGUGUGUU